AAAUAAUCAACAACACAACGCCCAGCAGGUGCGAAUUUGAUUUUUCUCUGAUCCUGCAUUUACGCACUGGCCAUCUGAUUAGUUAAUGCCCCAGGCACCUUCCCUUACACACACAAUCAGCCAGAGGGAAGACCCACCUCCUCACAUAUUUAAUCCAGUCCCCCACCCUUCCUCCAAUCCAUUUUCUUUUCAUCAUUCACAACCCACUUCCAGAGUCUUUAGCUCAAUCUACCAUCAACAACAACCAUCAAUACAUCUACUUUCAUCAACCUUUUCAUCACCAAAUCAAUCACCAACAUCAUCUACAAUGGCCCGCACUAAGCAGACCGCCCGUAAGUCCACUGGUGGCAAGGCUCCCCGUAAGCAGCUCGCUUCCAAGGCUGCCCGCAAGAGCGCACCCUCUACCGGAGGUGUCAAGAAGCCUCACCGCUACAAGCCUGGUACCGUCGCUCUUCGUGAAAUUCGUCGCUACCAGAAGUCGACUGAGCUUUUGAUCCGCAAGCUCCCCUUCCAGCGUCUGGUUCGUGAGAUCGCUCAAGACUUCAAGUCCGACCUCCGCUUCCAGUCCUCCGCCAUCGGUGCUCUCCAGGAGUCCGUCGAGUCUUACCUCGUCUCCCUCUUUGAAGACACCAACCUGUGCGCCAUCCACGCCAAGCGUGUCACCAUCCAAUCUGUAAGCAUACCCAAUAGUAUCACUACCUAUUAUUACAUAUCACUAACAACCAUUGCAGAAGGACAUCCAACUUGCCCGCCGCCUCCGUGGUGAGCGCAACUAGAGUGCCACUCUUGUUCUAUAGUGGCCUUGGUGGAUGAAGGAACUUUGGGCAGACGCUGCACUUUAUGAUUCUCACAGGGAUGGCAUGACGACUCGGUUUUACAGGGAAAGGUUAAUCAAUGGCGUUUGCGAAUGCGUUUGCUUUUUGCACGGUUAAGGGUUGUACAUCAGUCAUAGGCAGGUUGCUGACGAGCACUGCGAUACUGAACACAUGAAUCAUAAAACAUGAACAAAUAA